AUGUUAGAUGUUGCAGCUGAAGUUGUAACUUGGGCUCUGUUCCGCAAGGAAUUUUUGAGAAACUACUUUCCUGAGGAUGUUCGUGGGAAGAAGGAGAUUAAGUUCCUGGAGAUAAAGCAGGGUAACUUAUCGGUCACUGAGUAUGCUGCCAGAUUUGUGGAGCUUGCUAAGUUAUACCCUCAUUAUAGUGAGGUGACAACUGAGUUCUCGAAGUGUAUCAAAUUCGAGAAUAGUUUGUGUCCUGAAAUUAAGCAGGUGAUUGGAUACCAACAGAUCAAGAGGUUUCCAGAGUUGGUGAACAACUGUAGAAUUUAUGAGGAUGAUAGUAAAGCUCAGUCGGCUCACUACAUUGGGCUGAGUGAGAGAAAAGGAAAGAAAAAUCUGAACCUUGGGAAGCCAUAUAAUGCUCCAGCUGAUAAAGGUAAACAAAGAGAUGUUGAUGUUUGCAUAUCAGUUUUUGUUAAUGGAUAUGAUGGAUGUCAUUUUGUUGUAACUUUGCUGUCAUAA